UACAAUGAUAAUUGUGGAUGGGGUGACAUGGUUUCUCUUGGAAGAUAUAUUUGGUUUCUCACGUCUCCCCCCCCCCCUCUCUCUCUCUCUUUCUCGGCUCCUGUUAGUUUGGUGAAUUGGUGAUAGGUGUGUGAACACGUUCCUGUAAACGCAUUACAUUUUGUAUGGGCUAUAUUCUACAUCAGCGACUGCAAAUAGAUUUAUCCAUGAUGACUGAUUGAAUCGCAAAAUUUAGAGUCACGGUGGCGUCGGACAAAUAUAUUAGAGAUCAUCGUUCAUUUCUACGUUGUCCAAAGAAGGGUACAGUCUGCCUUAAUUUAUGCAGUUAAGCAACCAAGGUAACUUCGUUGGAAUCCUAAAAAAAAGACACGCUUCUAUAGUUCCAUGGUAUUUUUAUCAUUCACGUCAUCGUAAGUAAUGUCGACGUCCGCGGCAACAACCAUGACGACGACAUCGAGCUUCGCAGGGAAUGCUACCUGCAUAGGAUUCUUAAAUAAUAUGAUCGCUCCAGAAGACUGUGAUUUUUUAAAGAAAGCCUCGAUGAUAUUCAUCAUCCUAAGCAUCAUCCUUCUCAUCUGGGGUCUGUUAAACAACGUCAUUCUCCUGAUCAUCAUCUUCACAAAUGGACGAAAGAUGAGGACGAUCCCGAACAUGUUCAUCGGUAACAUGGCGUUUCUUGGUAUCCUUUACCUUGUCAUUGUCAGCGGUGGUAACCUCCCGCUGUUCGCCCAAAUGGCAUUUCAAAUCAGGAUCGUCAAGGAUUCAUCCAUGCCAACAGGUUUAUUCUUUGUUCAAAUGUUUGUUGCUACAUCAUCCUUCACAAUAUUAGUUAUCCUAGGACUUGAUAGAUAUCUAGCCAUAGUACACCCUCUGCGAUCAAGACCGUAUCGAACCAAGAAGAGAGCUAUCAUUGCUAACUCCUUUGCCUGGAUUAUUGCAGGUAUAUGUAUGAUUCCAUUAUUUCUUGGUGGUGGAGGCAGUCAAGAUAUCUUCCAGGUACACAGCAGCCCAAGAAGCAGGAACGCGAUGAUGAUCUUCAUGAUAUUUGCCUUCUUGCUUCCGCUUGUCUUAUUUUUCGUGAUGUACCUAGCCAUCUUGAAAGUGAUUUUGCAUAACCCAUUAAACACGCAGCUACAGGGAGAAGAGCAAACACGACGGUGGAAGCAGCGAAUUCAAAUCUUCAAGUCAAUAUCCCGUGUUGUCUUUACUUUUACGGUGCAUUAUGGGUACGCGUUUGGGAUAUUUCUCUGGCUCAUAAAUGGCGGACACACCAAAGUCAGCACUCGUUUGAGCAAUGUCUUGUUUUAUUCUGCCUUGUUGGUAACCUAUCUCAAUACAUGUAUAAAUCCUCUGGUAUACGCGCUUACUCUGGAAUCAUUUCGUCCAUUCGUCUACAAGCUGCUCUGUCCAAAGUUUUGUAAUCUGCGGAGACCACAGAAGGGCGCCCUCAAUACGACCCAAGACAACCCAGGGAUGUCAGAAGCGCACAGGACGGGUCAGGACAACGGGAUCCGUAUCACCAUCGAUUUAGUAUCAACUGGAUCCAACAGUGAUAGGAACCAGGAUGAAGAUGAGAUAUCAUCGAAUGGAAUUAUAAACCAAGCUUAUCAGGAGUCCAGCAGAACAGAUGGAGAAUACCCUUCAGAGAAUGGCUCUGCCUGUCUGACGGAGGGAGAAGUCAUUACUGUUACACCCACGUCCCAUGAAUGA